AUGCCAUCAGACACUGCUGAUCCGGCCGAGUCGGGGAUACUGUUCGUCCUCUCCGACAUCGUCGACACGGCGACACUCUCACCCGACGUAUACUCCGAGUGGUAUGAUAUGAUUCAUAUUCCGGAGGUACUCAACACAGGAGGCGUUGCCAGCGCGGCGAGAUAUAUGCUGUCGGAUGGCGCAGGCGAUGAUCAGUAUCCCUAUUUGGCCCUCUACGUCAUACCGGACAUGAAAUACCUCAACAGCGAGCCAUUCAAGUCAAUACGCGUUCAUCAUGAGAUGCUUCCUGGUCCUAGGCACAGUAUCCUUGACCUUGCCAGGUUUGACUUUGGGCGGUACAUUCGCGUGCAAGGUCUCCCAAGCCAGCCCCUCGCGCAGGCCGGUACGGGAGCAGAUCUAGUGACUCUCGUCUUCAAGUCGCCUCGGGAGGCCACGGCAGCCAACGGUUGGACCGUCGCCAACUACAUACGGCCCGUCAUCGACGCUGCCAAGAUCUCGCACGUGCAAUGUUUCGGCAAGCUGAGCGAGAGCGCAACCGGUUCGUGGUCUUUGGGGGAUGAUGCAGAAAGUGGGAUGGUUGAGUACCUGAUUCUAUGCUACGUUGGAAAAGGGGUGGAAGAAGUCAUUCGGCGCCACGCACCCAAGGAUUCUAGAGUCUCUAGUUACCGCUUGCUCCGGUCGUUUAGCAGGGACUAG